AUGGCUGCGGAGGGGACGGAUGGCGGUCCGGCUGGUGGUCCGGCUGGCACAAACGGCCCCGCCCCCUCAGCCGCACCUCGACGACAACUACCAGAACCUCCUCGUCCAGCAGCUCAGGCGAUUGACAGCCUGUUGACAGUCAUCCUGACGACCUCGCCGACACCAUCAGCACCAUCUACAGACCUCGUCGCCGCCGUGCUCGCAUCGUUCCGCGCACACUGCCCGGCACUGCUUGCGUGCCCCGUGAUUGUCGUUUUUGACACAUACGACCACAUCGGGCCACAGCUGCGCCUGAAAAAGGGAUGUGUCACGCCCGUCGAGGCAGCCAACUACGAUGCCUACAAGGCGAAUGUCAAGCAGCUGGUCGGGCGGACGUGGGGCGGCGACGAUGGUGGCCAGGACGCGGCGACCGAGACCGGCCUGGCCGAGUACGGCUCGCCCAUGAUCGCCGACAAUGCCGUGCCCUUCACAAUCACGCGCACGGCGGGCGGGCACAUCGCGUUCGUGGAGCCAACGCAGCGUCUCGGCUUUGGCCUGGCCGUGCGCACGGCCGUCCGCGCGGCCACGACGCCCUACGUCUGGGUGCAGCAGCACGACUGGACGCUGGCGGCCGACAUUCCCGUGGCGGCCAUGCUGGAUGCCAUGCGGACGGCCGAGAAUGCCAUGCAGGCGGCCGAGAACGCCGAUGGCGGCGGUGGGGGAGGGCUGGCGGAAAGCGCGGGCGAAGACGCGACACCGACCAUGGAGCUGUAUGCGACGAGCGAGGACGAUCGUACGCCGGGCACGCCGGGCACGCCGGGGUCACCCGCCCACUCUGUCGCAGAGCACACAUCGGCUCUGGAUCCGUCGCGCCCCGUCGCCAUCCGCUACAUUUGUCUUCCCUCUGUACGGAUGCUACGGUAUGCCGCGUCCGCUCACGCGGUGGGCUUCCCGACGCUGCGUUCGCUGACGGCCGCAUUUAAGCGGGACGUGCCGGUGUCGUCGUCUGUCCUCGCCGCCGGCGCGAGAGCGUCGAGGCCAGGCGACAACGCCGCACACAACGCCGCACACAACGCCGGACACAACGCCGGACACAACGCCGGACACAACGCCGGACACGGCCAGAAUCUCCCCCUCACCCCCCUCUUCUUCUGGCACGACAAAACCCACAUUGCCGCCCGCGACCACUACCUCCGCCGCGUCUUCGCCUCCCGCCUCGCCCUCGGCCGCGGCGACUUUAUCGAAGACCACAUUGGCCAGCGCGCGCGGGCCCAGAUGAAACGGGACCCGGCCGCGUGGCAUCGCUGGGCGUGCUGGCUCUACUACCCCGACAACGGCAACCGGCUGUGUUUGCGCCAUCUGCAGGGCCGCACGUGGCGGGGCGAGCAGCAAGAACAGGCCAUCCGGGACGCGUACGUGCUGCGGAACCGGUCGGCAGCGUCGGCAGCAGCAGCAGCAGCCAUGGCAGCGGGGGAGACGAAAACGAAGCAACAGUACGGAACGACGGAUGACGUGGCAGGAGGGGCUGAUCACGGCUGGCAUGCCAUGCCGUUCGGAUCAGACGAGGAAGCCAGCUGA